CUUGGACAUCCCCAGCUUAAAUUGAAGGAUGUCUGUCCUGCUGUUCUCUUGGAACGUCAACUUAGUUCCAAGUCUCCUUUUUCCAACUUUUAACAAAUUUUCAUCCACCUUACUAUGAAGUUCUUUGGGCAGCCCGCAACUCGGGAAGAGCUUCGAACCAUUGGAAACCACUCUUUCACAUGGACGAAUGAUCACAUUCCCAAAUCCCACACAGACCCUCUACGUUACAAAUGUGACGAACUUGGAGCUGCUGCUGUCAAAGAGAUCCAAGAAAUCCACGCUCAGCAAAAGAAAGAAGGCCACCAAGUCGGCAGAACAGACUUGUUCGAAACACUUUCUCAUCACCAGGACCAGAGCCCAGUGCUUUCGCAGCUCUGGACCGAGGUCCAUACUGUCCCCUAUUGGGUAGAUUGGGAUCAGAUUGCUCGAGGGCAGCGUUUCUUCUACCGCUAUGCCCUCGCAAACCUCAUCGGCUUUGCUUUCCAAGGUUUUGUUGGUGAGAACUCUGCUUCUACCAGCGUCGUCGAGGUACUUGCUCGUACUGGUGGAUUCAGCACUCGUGUCUUGAGACGUCGACUGCUUGAAACAUUUCAACUUGUUCUUCAAGUCACCCACUCUCUUGAUCAUGUGAAGCCUGGUGGACCAGGGCAUAGAUCGAUUGUGCGAGUCCGUCUACUGCACUCCAUGGUCAGACAGCAGAUCCUCAAAGUUGCCGCAUCGAAAUGCCGGUUCUUCGACCAAGAGACACAUGGCAUUCCUAUCAACACCCUUGAUUCGAUACAUGCCAUUGCAACAUUCAGCUGCAACCACGCUUGGCUUCAGCUCCCUCUUAUGGGGAUCACCCCCGAGAAACAGGAAGUCGAAGAUUACAUCGCCCUUUGGCGAUACGUGGCCCAUGUUAUUGGGGCGCCUCAAGAGUACUUCACAACAGCAACUCAAGCUAAGGCUGUGAUGGAAAGCUUAGCGUAUAACGAGCUCCUUGUGACACCCACUUCCGUUGUCAUUGGGUACAACUUCGUUGAGGCCCUCAAGGAUCUACCACCCAUGAACAUCUCGGAUGGUUUCAUUCAGGCUGCUAGUCGCGUCUUGAAUGGCCACGAGAUCUGCGACCAACUUGGUAUGGGACGGCCCAGCUGGUACUCAUAUGCCUGCUUCAGAGGCCAUUGCUGGUUGGUGUGGAGUCUGGCUAGCCUGCAGCGAUGGAUCCCUGCCUUGGACGAUAAGGUGAUUGAUCUUUGUCGGGAAGGGCUGCAUAACGCUAUAAUCCACAGUAACCAAGGUCUCGGAGGUGGCUCCAUCCUUGAUUUCAAAUACGUUCCGGAUGGGCGGAUCCAAGGAAAGGAGAAGAAUGACCGGGCCGAGGGGCGUUUGUGGUUCUUUGAGAGACCCCUUGAGUUCAUGUACUUUGUAGUGUUUGUCAUUGGAUGCGCGGUAGUGCUGGCAUGGCUGCUUUGCAUGGCGCAGCUCCUUGCGCUCGGGUCCUCGCGUCUUGGGAGAUAACCUGGUUGGGCUGAGAUGGCAUUCUGUACUGUAGAUCGCCCCAUAAUUCUAUUUGUCGUAUGAACCAACAAGCAGAUUGCCGUGUGUCUAAUGUCAUCCAGAGUCCUAGGACCGUGUAAUCCUUGUCGCGUC